AUGCCGGCGGCUGAGGACAGCUCCAAGACUGAGGCUGGGCCUUGUGAUUCCUGGACUCCCGAGGAGGAGAAAAAGGCACUGCGCAAGCUCGACUGGUGUCUUAUUCCUCUUGUCGGCUCCCUGUACAUGGUCUCAUACAUCGAUCGCGGCAACAUCGGCAAUGCCUACACGGCGGGAAUGGGUAAGGAAUGGGGAAUCAACUCGGACGACUACUCGUGGAUCGUGACGGCAUACUACCUGGCCUACAUUGCCUUCCACUGGCUGAUCCUGGCCUGGAAGGUUGUCUCGCUCCCGACAUGGACGUGCGCCAUGGCCAUGGGCUGGGGCAUUGCCUCCAUCCUCCAGGCCUGCACAUCCAGCCUUGCGGGCAUCGUGGUCCUGCGGGUGCUAAUUGGAGUGUUCGAGGCUGGCUUUGUGCCCGCCGUGGCGCUUUAUCUCACCUUCUUUUAUCACAGAAAGGAGAUGGGCCUUCGCUACGGCCUGUUCAUAUCGGCCUCGCCGCUCGCCAACUGCUUUGCGUCCGCCUUGGCGUACGGAAUCGUGCAGGCCAAGACGAGCAUCAAGAACUGGCAGCUGCUCUUCAUCAUCGAGGGCAUCCCGACGCUGUUCCUCGCCGGCGUGGCGUACUUCUACCUCCCGGCCUCGCCCGGGCAGUGUCGCUUCCUCACCGCGCGCCAGAACGAAAUCAUCAGCAGGCGGGCCGUCAAGGGCCGCGGCCAGGACACGGAGCGCAAGCUCGACUUCAAGCAGGUGUUUUCCGCGUUCUACGACUACAAGAACUACCUGCAGGCCGCCAUCAUCUUCUGCCUCAACACGGCCUUUGGCUCGCUGCCCGCGUACCUGCCCACGAUUCUCGCCGACAUGGGCUACACGUCCAUCAACGCGCAGGGCCUGUCCGCGUGCCCGUACAUUGCCGCCUGGUUCGUGUGCGUGGGUACCAGCAUGCUCUCGGACCGCGUCGCCCAGCGCGGCGUCUUUGUCGUCUUCUUCAGCCUCGUCGGCGCGGCGGGCUACACCAUGAUGUCGCAGCUCACGGGCACUGCAGUCCGCUACGCGUCCACCUUUCUCGUCUGCGCGGGCGUCUUCCCCGCCGUGGCCCUGACUUUCACCUGGACCACGGACAACCAGGGGUCCUCGUCCAAGCGCGGCGCCGGCCUGGCCAUCUUUGGCAUGAUCGGCCAGUGCGGGCCCAUCCUGGGCGCGCGCAUCUUCCCCAAGAGCGACGGGCCUUACUACCACACGGGCAUGCUGGUCUGCGCUGGCGUGCUGUUUGGCGCUGCCCUGGUCGCCACGGUCCUCAGCGUCUGCCUGCGUCUGCAGAACCGCCACCGCGACAGGGUCUAUGGCAAGGUCGAGGACGUCACGAGCGUGCCUGAGGACGUUGCUGACAAGGGCGAUUCGCACCCCAUGUACCGCUAUGUCGUGUAG